UUUGUGAGGAGUAAUGGGCCGAUAAAUAAUUGGCUUUUAACCUAGGAAAUGUUGCGUUGCAAAGGUAAAUAUUGAUAAAAGGAAGAUGAAGCCAUUUAGUAUUGGAAGCAUUAGAUUUUAAAUGCAUUCAAGAGAGUACAGCCCCGACAAAGUUCAUUAUAAAGUUGAUAUUUGUAAUUUAUAUAUAUUUAACUAUUAUGAAUAAGUCACAUAAUGCCUAUUUGCUCAAAUACGUUAGCUUGGUUACGCUAACAUUGCAAAAUGCUCUUGUUGGCCUUAGUAUGAGAUACGCUCGCACCAGGGCAGGAGAUAUGUUCCUGUCCUCGACAGCCGUAUUGAUGGCAGAAGUUGUGAAAUUGAUAACUUGUCUAUUUAUAGUAUUUAUCGAAGAAGGUAGUUUUUCCAAAUUUGUCUAUGCCUUUGAUACGACGAUUAUCAAGCAACCUAAGGAUACUCUUAAAGUCUGUAUGCCAUCCUUACUUUACGUUAUUCAAAAUAAUUUAUUAUAUUUGUCUGCAUCGAAUUUGGACGCAGCUACGUAUCAGGUAACAUAUCAAUUAAAGAUACUGACAACGGCAUUUUUUGCAGUUGUGAUAUUAAAAAGAUCGCUACUCAGAAUUCAGUGGGGUGCUCUAUUAAUAUUGCUCGCUGGCGUUAUAUUGGUGCAGUUGGCUCAUAGUGAGAAUAAAGCCGUACCAUCUGGUAUGGAUCAGAAUCGGUUGGUGGGAUUUAGCGCGGCUCUCGCUGCUUGCUUUCUCUCUGGAUUUGCAGGAAUCUACUUUGAAAAGAUUCUUAAAGGAUCGCAGAUUUCUAUAUGGAUGAGAAACGUACAGUUGAGCUUUCUGUCGUUGCCAAUUGGAUUCUUGACGUGUCAUUUGAACGAUGGAAACGUCAUAGAAAAUCAAGGAUUUUUCUUUGGUUACGACUGGUUUGUAGUGUAUCUAGUUAUAUUACAAGCAUGCGGUGGAUUAAUCGUCGCAAUGGUUGUUAAACACGCGGAUAACAUUUUGAAGGGCUUUGCAACUUCGCUCGCUAUAGUAAUUUCAUGCAUCGCAUCUAUAUAUUUAUUCGACUUUCAAUUGACAUUUCAAUUCAGUAUUGGUGCAAUAUUUGUUAUUUGCUCUAUUUUUAUGUACAGUCAUCAGCCUAAGACUGCGUGUUUAAAUAAGCAUUUAAAUUCCGAUAAAGUGUAGGGGAAAAGGUUAUUUGAAAAUAGCUAAUUUGCAAGCGAGUAUAGUCGAUUGUAUGACAGAUACAAUGGACUGUCAUGAUAUUAUGAAGAGAGAGAGAGAGAGA